AUGACAGUCGAAAUUGAAAAUGAACACAGUAAAUUAGUGGGAGAAUCAGAACCACAAAGUAAUCACCCACCAAGAACUAUAGGGUUUAUAUCAUUUCUUUCUAUUGGUUAUUUUUUAGUAUCAGGUGGACCAUUUGGUAUUGAAGGUAGUGUUAGUGCAGGUAGUUAUGCAUAUGUACUUUUAACUUAUAUUGUAUUACCAAUAUUUUGGUGUAUACCACAUGGUUUAAUCACUGCAGAGUUAAGUUUAAUGGUUAAUAAAGAUGGUGGUUGUUCAGUUUGGGGAGAAAAAGCAUUUGGAGAAUAUGUUAGUUUAAGUUUAGGAUUAUUUAGUUGGUUUGCAGCAAUUGUUGAUUUAAGUUUAUAUCCUGUAUUAUUUGUUCAAUAUUUUUCAAAUUGCUUUAAUGGUACACCCUAUGAAAAUGAUUUAUGGGGUGGUGGUAUGGAAACAUGUACUCAUUGUAGAUUAUUGAUUGCAUUUGCAGUGAUCAUAUUAAUUGUAUUGAUGAAUUGUUGGGGUGCAGAACAAGUUGGAAUUUUUAGUACCAUUCUAUCUGUUAUUCUAUUGACACCAUUCAUUAUUAUGGUAGUAAUGGGUAUUGGUCAUGUAGAAUUAGGUGAGAUUUUAAGAGUUGAUGGUGGUCUUUCAAAUUUUAAAGGUGUUCAAUGGGGUGUACUAUUGACCAAUUUGGUUUGGUCAACAAGUGGUUUCGAUGCAACUGGUCAAUUGGCAGGUGAGGUUAAAAAUCCAAAAAGAAACUAUCCAAUUGGUAUCAUUGGUGUAAUGAUUAUCACAAUCACUAGUUAUGUGUUACCAUUGUUGGUUGGUAUGCAAUAUGAUAGAGAUUAUGCCAAUUGGCAAGAUGGUCAAUUCUCUAUCAUCGCGUUAAAAGUAGGUGGACAAUGGUUAGGUAUCUUGUUAAGUAUUGGUGGUAUGGUUUCCUCUGUCGGUUUAUUCCAAUGUAAUCUUUGUACAUCUGCUAGAAAUUUAUACAGUCUAAGUGAUAGAGGUUAUCUUCCAAAGGUUUUCUCAAAGUUAUUACCACGUCGUGAAACACCUUUCGUUGCUAUCCUUACAAAUGCUGCCAUCGUAUGUAUUCUCAUUCUUAUGCCUUUCCAAGCUAUCAUGAGUUUGGAUAUGUCAAUCUACAGUAUCGUAGUCACACUUGAAGUAAUAAUUUACAUUAAAUUAUUCGUUUGGAAUCCAGAUUAUGAUCGUCCCUAUAAAGCUAUCACCACCAGAUGGUUAUUACCUUAUAUGGCUUCUCCUAUGAUUUUCACAAUUCUUAUUUUAGCUCUCUCACCUUUCUCUAUUCAAUGGAAAACUUUAGUCGCUGUUGCCAUCAAUUUAGCAAUCGUUGCUACACGUUACUUCCAUAAUAAAUAUAAACAAAAGAAUCAAAUCAAAUCAAAUAAUAUUUUAGAUUAUGAAGAAGAAUCUUUAAUUAAAAAAUAUUCAAUUAAUUAA